GUCAUCAUUUAGGUUUCAGAUGCUUUAUUGUAGUUUCUUUGUGGCUUCCAGUAUUAUACAUAAUAAAUUCCUUACUUGAUAAUACAUUUAAAUGUCCAAUUUUUAAAUAGAAAAGUUGCUUUCUUCCUGCCUCCAAGGGAUAGAUGUUGAACAAAUACGUAGAGAAAAUCUGUUCUAAUGGGCCUGCUGGGAAUGCCCACAGCUCUUGGUCUAGUCCCUGGAGGCUACUAUAAGUGGGAUAUUGGAGGAAGGGUGAAACUGGGGAAGGAGGGGGCUUUCAGCUUUUCAGUUUUCCUUGAACUGAGUUCAGUUUUGGGCCCGUGUAAAUGGAGGGGCCUGUAGGCAGGGCCGAUCCUCAAAACAUUUAACGACCGGUUGAGUACAGACGGGGAUCAGUCAGGAUGACUGCCAGACCCGUCAGAACAGACGCGAUCAAUAAACACUGGGCAAGGCUAUUCCUGCACGUGUGGACUGCAAGUCAGCCCUACCCACGGGAUACCAGCUAUGUGGUGAUUGACUCUGACUCUGAAGACGAAUACUUCAGUGAUAAUGUCAGAGCUCACAUAUCUGACAUCAGCAGCGAAGAUGAGAUUCUGGAUGUGUUAUCAGACACCGAGGAGCACCCUGCCACCAAGGAGCCACCAAUAGUUAUUACUGAUGAUGACAGUGAUUUUGAGGGCCCUGUGCUCAUAAUAGACGAGGAUUCGUGUGAUCAGGGCCAAACUGCCUCAGAGGAAAAAGAGAUGGAGGUCUUCAAUGUCUCCCAAAGUGGUUCCUCUAAUGAUGCUGGGGAGCUGAAUCUUGGUGAAAAUCUGGGCCAGCCACCACGCGGUGCCGAAGCCGAGGUGGAGAUUGCAGAUGACAAGCCUGCACCUGUGGUGGAGCAGCCACGGAAGAGGAAGAGUAAGACCAAGAAUAUAUGUGUGACACCUGCUGUGAGAGUCUCCAAAAGACGUGCACCUACAAAGAAGAAGCCCGGUGCAGGGAAAAUUGAAAAACGCACCCCCGGGAAAGCGACGUGCAAAAUACCUGGAUGUUUCCUGCGUGACCUGGAAAACGCGAAGCAGUAUUCUGGAAGGAAAUUCAAGCAAAAUAAGGAUAGCCUGGUUCAGAAAAUCUACACCCUGUUUAACAGCUCGGUGUUUAAUAAAAAGCUACCAGAGAAAAUUGAUAUUGGCUGGAAUAAAAAGAUGCUGAGGACCGCUGGCUUAUGCACCACGGGUGAGACCCGUUACCCUAAGAAGCAGCGUUAUGCGAAGAUCGAGAUUUCCCUGAAAGUCUGCGACUCCGCAGACCGUCUCCGGGACACUUUGAUCCAUGAGAUAUGCCACGCAGCCUCGUGGUUGCUUGACGGCAUCCGUGACUCUCAUGGGGACGCAUGGAAAUAUUACGCCAAGAAAUCGAACAUGGUGCACCCGGAGCUUCCCAUGGUCACCCGCUGCCAUAACUAUAAGAUUAACUACAGAAUCCAUUAUGAAUGUACUCGGUGCAAAACCAGGGUUGGCCGCUAUACCAGAUCCUUGAACACCGAUCGCUUUAUCUGUGCCAAGUGCAAGGGGCCUCUGGUCAUGUUGCCGCUAACUCGCAAGGAUGGAACCCCCAUUGCACCCCAUGUGAGGCCCUUUGCUAAGUAUGUGCAGGAGAAUUAUAGAACGAUUAAGCAUGAGACGGAAGGGAUAAGCCAUGGGGAUGUGAUGAGACGGCUGAGCAAGGAUUAUGCCGAUAAGCGAAGGCAGGAUCGUUGAGGUUAUCUGGGGGCAUAUUUCUGUGGGCUGAGCCCCCCCUUAACUGCUAAGAAGUUUUAGAAAAAUAUCUGUUUCUGAUAAAUGAUGAAUAUUAGGAAUAUUAGGAUUUAAACCAUUUCUUUAUAGCCUCAUAGAGUUAACGAUGAUUGUUCUUGGGCAAGGAUUCUGCUACUAAGCAAUUUUGUGCCCUUGAGGUACUCAUAAGCCCUUUGGAUCAGAUCCACUCUGGGUAUUACUCUUAACAUAGUUUUAACAUGUAGAACACAAUUCAGACACAAACUGCAUUUUCAAGAGGGGCAGGUGGAGAGAAAAGGAUGCUGGAGGUGAUUGAGUUUUAAAGGCCGCGCUCUAAGACCAGGGCUGCUGGCAGGUAGAACAUGUUAUACUUAAAUAGACAUAAAAGACAAGCAUAUUUCAUGAAUUUAGUUGCUCUUGACAUUGAAUAAG